UGAACUGAUAUGAAGAGAAUAAAUAUUACUUUCAAAACAAACAUCCGCAUGUGUUAAGUCUUUAUUAGACAUAAUAUUAGAAAUUAUACAGUCAUGAAAAAAAGAAGAUCCAAACAAUCAAAAGUGCAUCUCAUAUUCGAUGAAAAAGAAAGGGCGGACUUCCUGACAGGUUUUCGAAAAAGAAAUUUAGAACGAAAACUGAAAAGAAAGCAAACACUGGAUGCCUUAUUGAAGGAGGAGAAAAAGAGAAUAAAAAAAAGUCAAAAGGAAGCUCUGCAUAAUGCAAUAAAAUCUCAGAGUCAAGUUCCAGAGAUUCAACAUCUCCUGGAACCUGUGACUUAUGAUCUACCUGAUCAUACAGUAACGAUUAGUGAAAUAAAUAACAUGGAUUCACUUCAUGCUUCAACUACUAUCAAUAUGGAUGAAGGUAUUCCUGCUGCACCUGUAGCUGGGAAGAGUCAGGAUGAAGUCGAAAAGCUAAGGAAAGUGAUCAAAGAUUUGAAAAAUAAGAGAAUCAAAACACUUAAAAAGAGCAAAACUCAGCUGGAAGCUAAGAAGUUGCAGAAGAAGAAAGAUAAGCAGAAGGCAAAGAGGAUGAAGAAAUUGCUUAAGAAGAGUUUGAAGCAUACAAAGAAGAAACACAAAAAGAAAAACAGCUAGUUGUUAUUUACAAACUAGAUCAUGUUCAUAAUAAAAAAAAAUAUUUUUCUUA